AUGGCAGAUGAUGAUAAAACCACAACCAAUUGCAAUAUCUGUACAGACGACAAAGCCUUGGUGAACAUGUUCACAAACCACGAGUGCUCCCAUUCCUUCUGCAAAGAUUGCAUCUCUAAUCAUAUCGCAGCCAAAUUGGAAGAUAACAUAGCCAACGUCAAGUGUCCACAGCCAGGCUGCGAGGCAGUGCUACAUCCGGAUGUCUGUCAUUCCUUCGUCCCCAAAAACGUGCUUGACCGCUGGGGAUAUGUGUUAUGCGAGGCCUUCAUUCUAGGGAACCAUAGACUGAUCUAUUGCCCCUUCAUGGACUGCUCGGUGGCGCUUAUCGAUGACGGAGACGAGGCAACGAAGGAAGCAGAGUGUCCGGGGUGUAACAGAAUGUUCUGCGCCAAGUGUAAUGUGGUGUGGCAUGGGGGGGUAGAAUGCGAGGAGUUUCAAAAGCUGUGUUUGGAGGAAAAGGAAAGAGAUGAUCAUUUGUUGGCAAUAAAGUUGGCGGAGCAGGAGAAUUGGAAGAGAUGUCCACAUUGUAGGACUUACGUGGAGAUGAUUGAGGGUUGCCCUUAUAUAAUUUGUAGAUGUAGAACUAAAUUUUGCUAUAGUUGUGGAGCUAAGUGGGGUGGCAGUCAUGCAUGUCCCGAAUCUGCUGAGGCACGAAAGUAUCAUAAAUAA